AUGACAUCGUUUGUGGCCAUCAACCACUUCACAAAGGAAGCACUCACUGCACUACCCGCAGAUGAGAAACCAAACUAUAGCACCCUCAAAGUCAUCCACCAAGAACUGAACGCCAAUGCCAUGGCCAUCACUUCAACUUUGGGAGGAGGACACUACGGCCAUCUAGCCCUUGUCAUCCCAGCAGCAGCAUUCAAUGCACUCCCCAAUGCCAUCCCUUGGGUUAACCCUGCUCACCCCGGAGCAUUCCCAGUACAUGUAGGACAGCCUACAGGAGCUCAGAUUGCAGAGACCAACCGCUUAUAUGCAGCAGAUGAAACAAAAUUCCUCUACAAAGCCACCGAGACGGCCUUACAAAAGCAACUCCUCGAAGCCAUCCCAGACACCUACACCAAAGAGCUCAAACAUGAGAUGUAUGGAUAUGCCCAGGUCACCACCCUUGCAUUACUUAACCACCUUGAUGAAAACUAUGGCACAGUGGAACCGGAUGACCUACGAGCCAACCUCAAAAGAAUGACAGCCAAAUGGAGCCCCACCCAACCAAUCGAAGAUCUAUUCAAUCAGGUCAAAGAUGCACAGAAAUUUGCAGCCGAUCAUGACGCUAUCACCGACAAAAUGGCAGUUCGUGUAGCCAUCGAUAACCUCGAGGACAGUGGAGUUUUCACCCACGCACUUCAUGAAUGGCGCAGCAAAACAUUAGUGCAACAGGAAUCUCUCGCCCUCCUCAAGACCCACUUCAAGACAGCCGACAAGGAAAGACGCCGAAUCCUUACACCAAAGGACGUGGGCUACGCGAACAAAGCAAGCGACAAACCCCACCACGGAGCCAACAGCGCCGUUAUCCCGAACGGAAAAGGAACUCCCAUGUAUUAUUGUUGGUCGCACGGACUCGGCACCAACAGCAACCACACAAGCAAAGAGUGCACCAAAAAAGCACCAGGACACCGUGCUGAAUCCACAGCCGACGACAUGUUGGGAGGCUGUUGCAUCAUCCGUCGCAAAGCAGGAGAACGAGCGGUUUACCGUCGCCCUCAGCGCGAACGUCAAGGCAAUGACGAGAAUCGUCAGCCACCAACCGAUCCCUGA